GGUGAUAAUUUGCAUCUUCAAGGAAACGAGCUCAAUUUGAUCCCUACAAAAUCAGUUAUUUCUGCCUUUCUAAGAAGACUCAUUUCGUGGAAGCAGAAUUUUAGUUGGAAUGAGUUCAGCCAAGCAGGUGAAAUUCACUCUGAUGACGCACAAGAUUAUUGUCAACACCAUGACUCUUUGUACAUGAACUUUUCUGAUCGGUUUAAGGAUGUUUUGUUCCCUAGAAGUGCCUCAAUGGGUUUAUGGGUUCUGAAGCCUUUUGCGAAUAUUGAAACAGCAGAGGUUCAGAUUUACGAGGAAUUGGUUGAACUUUUAACUAAGUAA